UGUAAACGGACUUACAUCUUUAGUACAGCGCUCAGUUGAUCUGGCGCAGCUGUGUGCUGUAGCCGACUCAUAGUGGCGCGCCAGACAGCGCAGCCGCAGCAGAGCAAGCGCAGACAGAGCAGCAGCAACCAUGGCAGACGAAAAACCCAAGGAGGGAGUGAAGACAGAGAACAAUGAGCACAUCAAUUUGAAGGUGGCAGGGCAGGAUGGCUCAGUGGUGCAAUUUAAGAUCAAAAGGCACACUCCUCUCAGCAAACUGAUGAAAGCUUAUUGUGAACGGCAGGGGCUGACCAUGAGGCAAAUACGAUUUAGAUUUGAUGGUCAGCCCAUCAAUGAAACAGACACACCCUCGCAGCUAGAAAUGGAGGAUGAAGAUACGAUUGAUGUGUUCCAACAGCAAACCGGUGGCUCUUUUCUUUAAAGACUGUUUCCUACGAACAUCCCUACCUCCCCUUUUCAUCCCUGAACAUGCCCAGUCUUCAGAUGCUCAUGACCAGUGUUGAUACCAUCCAGUGGAAUAAUUUUACAAAAUGCUCAAAGGCAGCAGCACAGUUGGUGUAGAUAGAUUUAAUCACACUGUCAUUCGUAUGUUAACAUGUCUGAACUGCGCAGUGUAGACAACUUGUAUGCUGCAGUGAGUUUAACAAGCUUAAGAGAUUAAAAGCUUGUCAUGAUUAAACACUUUUUUUCCUGGAAGUUUUAAAGAAAACUCCUUGGUCCUUUUUUUUUUUUUUUUUUUUUUUUGUUUUUGUUUUUAUACCUAUGUCAUCGAAGUUUUGAUUCAGUUGGAAUUUUGUUAUUAUUCUCAAGUAAGACUGCGUUUUAAAUUCACAUCUGUUGUUAUGAAAAUGUAUUAGUGGAAUAAAUUGAGUCUCUUUUUUUAA